CCUUAUACCGUUUGGGAUCAUUUCUUUUACCCAGUCAACAUAACGUCCCGUGGUCUGGUCCACCACCACCUUCUCACCUCUUUCUUCAUCCUCCUUCGUUGACUUCUUCCCACAGUUGAACAAUCAACCAUCCUAGCAAACCAUUCAAGAACAAACAUCACCUUCACCAAUCUAUCUAUCUAUACCUACACCUACCUUACCUUCACCUUCAUAUUCAUAUCUUCAACACAUCCAAUCUUGAAUUUCAGUUUCCAAAUCUCAACAUGAACGAUCUAUUCUCCGGAUCAUUCUCCCGCUUCCGCAGCGAAGAAACCUCAUCUCCACCGUCCCGCCACCACACCGUCGAAAUGACUGGAAAUCCACCGUCUAACGCCGCCGUCAACGGCGUUAACCUAGACAAAUUCUUCGAAGACGUAGAAGCAAUAAAAGACGAGCUUCGAGCACUCGAAACACUCCACAACAACCUACAAUCAUCACACGAGCAUUCCAAAACACUCCACAACGCCAAAUCCGUCAAAGAUCUCAGAUCUAAAAUGGAUAACGACGUCACCACCUCGUUGAAAAAAGCUAAGUUUGUUAAACUCAAAUUAGAAGCUCUAGACCGAUCAAACGCUGCGAAUCGAAGCUUACCUGGCUGCGGACCAGGCAGUUCGUCAGAUCGGACACGCACAUCCGUCGUCAACGGCCUCAGGAAAAAACUCUCGGACUCAAUGAACAAUUUCAACGAUCUACGCAACAAAAUGUCGUCGGAGUAUCGCGAAACGGUUACUCGAAGAUACUACACUGUAACCGGAGAGAAUCCGGAUGAGAAAACAGUCGAUACGUUGAUUUCGAGUGGUGAAAGUGAGACGUUUCUGCAGAAGGCAAUCCAGGAGCAAGGGAGGGGACAGGUGAUGGAUACGAUAUUGGAGAUACAAGAAAGGCAUGAUGCAGUAGUUGAAAUUGAGAGGAACCUGAAGGAGCUGCAUCAGGUGUUUAUGGAUAUGGCAGUGUUGGUUGAGAGCCAGGGUGAACAGUUGGAUGAUAUUGAGAAUCAGGUGAACCGGGCGAGCUCGUUUGUGAACCGGGGGACGACGCAGUUGCAGGUGGCCCGAAAGCAUCAGAAGAAUACUAGGAAGUGGGCGUGUUUUGGGAUUAUUUUGUUGUUGAUUGUUGUUUUGAUUAUUGUGUUGUCGCUUAAGCCUUGGGACAACGGUGGUGGUAGUGGCGGUGGCGGUGGCGGUGGUACGCCGACUGUAGCGUCGCCACCGCCGCCGCCAGCGACGACAUGAUGUCUUUGAUUGUGUUGUCGAUUUCUCAUUGGUCGCCACUCUAUAUGUUCAUUGGUGUAUGUGGCGGAUUAGUAAAUCGUUUCCUUGGUUAUUGUAUUUAUUGAUGAUUAUUGUGUUUUUUUUUUUAAAUUCGGUUUUGUAAUUUUGGAGUUCUUGAGUAUCGAAUCGAGGGUAUAUUGAUUUGUUUUGUAUGAGAUUUUGUUUAUUUGAA